GCACUGGAAAAACGUUCCUCGCAAAUUUGAUAUUGGCAAAAGUAAGACAAUCCGGGAAAAAUGGGCUAGCCGUUGCUACUUCAGGGAUUGCCGCAACUCUAUUAAAUGAUGGCAAAACAGCACAUUCCACCUUUAAGUUACCACUAACAGUAUCAUUGGAACAUCGUUCAGUAUGCUCCAUACGUAAAAAUGGACCUCUUGGGAAACUUUUACAAGAGACAUCUUUAAUUAUAUGGGACGAAUGUACCAUGAGUCAUAGAGCUCAUGUUGAGGCAGUAGACCGAACGCUUAAAGAUCUUAGAAACUCAGAUGUUGUUAUGGGUGGUGCUACUUUUGUUUUUGCGGGCGAUUUUCGGCAAACACUACCUGUAAUAACAAAAGGAACACGCGCCGAUAUCGUCACGGCAUGCUUAAAAUCAUCUUACUUAUGGAGUUCCGUGAAAAUUCUCAGUCUACGAACCAACAUGAGAGCCCAUUUGAGCGACAACUACGAUGCCGACUUUCCGUAUCAACUACGAAAACUUGGAGAAGGAAAAAUUAACUGUUCUAACAACAACGAUACUAGCGAUUACAUUAAACUCGACAAUAGAUUAGGUCACAUAUUAGAUAGGUUAGAAGAUCUGAUAGACGCAAUAUAUCCCGAUCUUGAAAAUUUAUUGGAUAGAGAUUAUAAUUGGCUUUCUUCUAGGGCAAUAUUAUCACCCAGAAACGAUACGGUUGAUGAGAUAAAUGAACUAAUUUUAGAGAAAAUUCCCGGUCAAGUCAAACACUAUAGGUCUAUUGACACGGUGUGUAAUAGUGAGGAUAUAGUGCACUUUUCUCAAGAAUUUUUAAACUCUUUGAAUCCGUCUGGUUUACCUCCUCACGACCUCGUGUUAAAAGUUGGUAUUCCUAUAAUGCUAUUAAGAAACUUGAGCCCUCCCACAAUGUGUAAUGGUACAAGGCUGCUUAUAAAAGAGUUGCGGGAGAAUAUAAUAGUGGCGACCAUUCUCACAGGGUCCGCAAUAGGACAACUGACUUAUAUUCCGCGGAUAUCCAUUAUUUCGACGGAAUUACCCAUACCGUUUGAAAGACUACAAUAUCCCGUCAAGAUCUCCUUUGCCCUCACUAUUAAUAAGGCCCAGGGUCAAACAUUCUCUCUGGUAGGCAUUGAUCUGAGAAAGCAGUGUUUUUCCCAUGGGCAGUUAUAUGUUAGCUUAUCUCGGGUUGGAAGUUCUGAGAGACAGUAUAUUUUGUUACCAGAUAAUAAUACUACAUCUAAUAUAGUAUACCAAGAAGUUUUAAGCAGUUAGAAUAAAUAUAGUUUUACGAAUCAUAAUAAUACUAUAAACUUUAUUGAGGCCCGGUAAUAUAUUUAGUAAUAUGGCAUGCAAACACAUACAUGCAUGCAUAUAUAUGCAGUACAAAUUUAACCUGCCUAUACAACCAUUUGGUGCAAUUCACGAAUGGUGUAAUUUCCACAACGUCCUAAUUUUUUCUGAAACCCAACAUAAAUAGCAGAGAGUAACGUUGUUUCCUGCAGAAUUCUCAGGAGAAAGCUGGUUGGUAAAGAUAUUACCUCAUACAUCACAAGUCCAAGUUAGCAAUCGAAAUAGUUUGAUUUAUCUUGAAAUUUCGUCGCAUUGACUGGAGCAUCAAAAACAAUUGUCCCGAAUUAUUAAAACAUUCAAUACAAUGAGAAAACUGGGUCAGAGGUGGUUGUCUCGAGACAGCAACCGGUGAAACAAUUCUCUUCCUCGGUUAUACUGUUGUAAAGUUUAAAAUUGGAAACGGAAUCUACCGUCAAUUGGUGCUCGAUGCUCAUAUCAUCGAUGGUUGAUGAAAUAUAGCCCAUAUUUCUGAAGUUACCAUAAGUAUAUAAUCAAUUUAAAGAAAGGAAUAGGUAUCCUGAUCAAACAAUCAAAUUUGGUACAACUAGGGUAACAAAAUAUUGAGUGAAGGACACCACGCUGACUCGAGGUCAAAUCAAGUUGAACUCUCAAUCAAACGAGUUGAAGUGAAAUUUGGUAAAAUGCGAACUGUGCACAUAAC